CCAGGUCACGUGACUGAAUGUUUUUGUGAGCGUAAGUGAUUUUGUUUAUAAUUGUUCUGCUGAACAAUUCUUGUAACAGUUGCCCUAGAGAACGAACCACAACUGAAUACUGGGGUUUUGAAAUUCACGCUACGACACUAUGCUGGUAACCACAGUCGAAAAAAGUUCAGCGUAAAAGCCUUUUAAAAGCAAGUCUCAAGCAGUCGGACAGUCCGCCUCAUUUUCAUCAUGACAAAAGGAAAGAAGGUUUCGUUUGGUGGGAGCUCCACCUCAGAAGACGCAGAUGAAAACUCAUCGGUUUUUUCCGAAGAGGGAGUCACAAAUGUGAGGACACGAAACCGAAGAAAAUCCCGUGCUCUUAGUAGACUGUCAAUGAGCUCAGUAAGAAGUAAAGAAGAGGGAACAGAGGCUCAAUCGCGCGUGGAAUCAGUGAAAAAAGACAACAAACUUCAUCAACUAAUCCUGGCUGGGAACGAAGAAGAAGCAAAAAGGAUUAUCGCCAAAGGAAAUGAUACAAACCGUCAAGAUAGCUCGGGUAAGACUCCUCUCCACACGGCCAUCUUAGCGAAACAGUUCAGCAUUGUUGAAAUGUUACUGGAGCAUAACGCUGACGUUACUUUAAAAGAUGAUGCGGGCGACACAGUGUUACAUACUGCCAUACGAGUUGGAAGUGAGAGACUGGUGCAGACUCUCAUCGAACGUGGCAGAUGCAAUGUUUCUGCUCUGGGGCGAAACUCGGCUACUCCUCUUCAUCUUGCCGCUGAAAUGGACAACGCCAGUAUCUGCAAGAUUCUGGUAGAGUACCACGCCUCAUUGUCGCCUUUGGAUGCUGAGCAGAUGACACCUGUUGCUCGGGCUGUUGAAAGAGGAGCUCAAAAGUCGACCCAAUAUUUGUUACAAAAAGCGCAAGAGGAGACAGGUUCUGUGGAGAAUUUCAAAUAUAACGUUGACAUGGACGGCAGCUCUCUUCUUCACUUGGCUGUAAACAGUGGAAUUUCAGGGGUUGUGGAAACAUGUGUCCAGUAUGGAGUUCGCAUCAGACAACCAAGGAGAGAAGAUAAAAUAACAGCAUUUCACAUGGCAUGCGAACAGGGAUCCUUGCCGAUAGUGAAAUACCUCGUCAGUAAAGACCCUGCUCUGUGUAGAAUAACUAUUGUGGACUGCAAGGGGAGGACGCCGCUUCACAUGGCUGCUGGUAAAAACCACGCUGAGAUCGUAGAGUUCUUGUUGGAGAAUGGAGCAGCUCUUGACCCAAAGGAUGAUGAGCGGCGUUCACCGUUGUUCCGGGCGGCUAAUUAUGGGGCACACAGUGUAGUGAAGCUUCUUAUGGAUCACGGAGCUGACGUCACUGUACGGGACAUAAUGCUUAAGUCAGUGGUCCACGCUGCUGUGGGGGAUGUGAAAUCUAUGGAAGCUUUGUUACAGAGUCCAAUAGCUGCUGCACUCAUCACAGAGAAAGACGAUGAUGGUUUUUCACCAGUUCAUUAUGCAGCAAAAUCAGGGGACUUGAAGAAUAUCAAGUUGUUUGCAACCAAAAACCGAGCAUCUUCCAGUGUUUUAUCUAAUAGCUUGGACACUCCAAUCCACGUGGCUUCCAGAUACGGUUGGACAGAAGUCGUAGUGGCUCUCAUGGACAAUCAGAAUGUGAAGAUCGUUAAUCUGGGUAACAGUCAAGGGAAAACGGCCCUACACUAUGCUUGCUCAGAAGGACAUGACCGCGCAGUGGAGACACUCUUAAGACUUGGUGCUUUAGUAGAAAAAGAUCAGAAUGAGCGGACCCCGCUUCAUUUAGCCGCCACCAAAGGUUCCCUCCUCUGCUGUCAAGUCCUUGUCAAUAAAAAUGACGAAUGCAUCAACGACGUGGAUAGAAGCAAGAAUACAGCCAUGCACUUAGCAGCUAUCAACAAUCAACCAGAGGUAAUGGAAUUUUUUCUGUCACAUAACAAAGCUUCCAUUUUGAGGAAUGGAGAUAAUCAAACCAUAUUGGACAUAGCUGUAUCUUUGGAGAUGAAAGAAGUUGCGGUGGUAAUAGCAAAACACGACAGAUGGCAAGAGGUGCUUUCUAAAAGCACUACUGGUUUGGUUCCCAUCAUGGAUACGUUGAUUCGUAAGAUGCCCGAAGUAGCUGUGUUCUUCCUUGAUCAGAGCGUGGAGAAAAAGGGUGACCCAGAAUCUAACCAUUAUUUGGUGAAAUAUGACCUGAAUCUAGUUCAAGGGCAGUUUCCAGGAGAGCCUUUUAAAGCUGAUAAUAAAUCACUACAACUGAUCAAGACGAUGGCGGAGUAUCGGCGGGAACGUUGCCUCACCCAUCCCAUCAGUUUCAUGUUACUGAAUAUGAAAUGGAAAAAGUUUGGUUGGUGGACAUUUGGUUUGAACCUUGUCUCCUACUUCUUGUUUUUGAUUCCGCUGACCGCUUUGACUGUGUACGAUCGCACUAAUAAAGACAUCCAUUGCAAGAAAGACAAUUCUACUGAAUCUGGUUAUGAUGAGACAUGUACAACUUCAGAUGUGGUAACACAGGUUCUAAGCACUUUAACUUUUAUUGCUUGCGUGGUUCUGAUUGGAAAGCACAUCUUCUCGUUAGUUCGUAAGCGUGUUGCAUAUUUGAAAAACUUCCUGAAUUACGUGGAGUGGUUAUGCUACGUGGCAUCCAUCGUUUACAUCUUCCCAACUUGUGACUGCAAGCGCGGCUAUAAACAGGAAGUUGGAGCAGUGUCUGUCUUCUUUGGCUGGAUGAAUCUGAUUCUUUACUUCAGGAGGUUGUCAUCUUACGGUCAAUACGUCAUCAUGCUCACUACAAUGUUUGUGACCCUUGUCAAGGUUUUGCUGUUGUGGAUGUUGUUUAUCAUGGCUUUUGGUACUACAUUUUUUCUGAUCGUAGAUAAAGAACACUUCAGCACUUUUGGAUAUGCCUUGAUGUCAAUGUAUGUCAUGACACUUGGAGAACUCAACUACCACGAUGAAUUCUUGCCUUGGGAUGAAUUAGCUUUCCCGACGUUAACAAAUGUUCUGUUCGUCAUUCUGGUUCUUGGGAUGCCCAUUAUUAUGAUGAAUAUGUUGGUUGGUCUCGCUGUUGGUGAUAUCGAUAAAAUCCAACAGAAUGCUUUAAUGGAUCGCUAUGUUCUACAGGUUCAGUUGCUGCUAGACAUUGAAAACUCUAUGCCGAUGUUUAUCCUGAAACAUGUACAAGUGCCAAGCUAUUCAGAAUAUCCCAACCACCCCAAGACACUCAAACAAAAGCUGGUAGAUGCCCUUAUUUCUUUUGGCAAACCUGAGUCUACUGAGGUUGAAGAAGAAGAGGAGCUGUCGCCUGGAAUGGUGCAGAUUAUUGGAAAACUUAACGAACAAGAGCAAAGAGCCGACAAAUUGUACGACGUGUUAAAAGAGCAGACUGAGAUGCUGAAAGAACUUAACAGUCGCGGUCGAGAAGAAGCGGUCCGAGCAGAAAAAAAGACAGAGGACAAUAACAAGACCGACAGCGGAAAACUGGGGUUGUUUGGAUUUUAGCCCUUAUAAAGUUAAUUGACUCUCCACGUAUGCGUGCAUGCUAUUAUCAUCAUCUACAUGCAUGGUAGAGUUCUCUUUCCAAGAACCGAAAUGUGGUUCAAAUUACUCCCUCAGUUAUUUUUCCAAAAUAGCAAACAUAACGGUUAAGAGGAAAACAUAGAACUGAAAACAGUCUAGUUGUUUAAGAGGAUCAUUUUAAAACGUGAGACUGCCCUGAGUAUAAACGAAAACGUUUUUGAAAGUAACAGAGUUUCGUCAAUAAAAAUAAAGAAAA